AUGGUCAAUUCUAAUUUUCUUGAUCGAGCUAUCGAGCUCGUUCAGAAGGCCAUCGAAGAGGAUGUCAACCAGAAUUACCAGCUGGCUUACAAUCAAUACAUGAAUGCCCUCGAGUAUUUUAUGUUGGCCCUUAAAUAUGAGAAGAAUGAACGUCUAAAAUCCCUUAUCCGAAACAAGGUUACCGAAUACCUGGAGAGGGCUGAGAAACUGAAGCAACACAUCGAAAAGAAUGACGAGAAGCGCGCACGAGCUGUGGUGGGGGCCAAUGGAAAGGAGACCGGAGGCUCCGGGGGCGCAGGCAAGAAGGGCAGUAAUGACGAUGAAGAUGGAGAUCCAGAUGUUAAGAAGUUGCGGGCAGGGCUGUCAAGCGCGAUCUUGACCGAAACCCCCAACGUUCAAUGGGAUGACGUUGCUGGUCUAGAGGGGGCCAAGGAGGCCUUGAAGGAGGCGGUUAUCCUUCCCAUCAAGUUCCCACAUCUAUUCACUGGAAAGCGCACGCCAUGGAAAGGUAUUCUCAUGUACGGGCCUCCUGGGACCGGUAAAUCCUAUCUCGCAAAAGCUGUUGCGACAGAGGCGAAGAGUACUUUCUUCAGUGUUAGCUCCAGUGAUUUGGUUAGCAAAUGGAUGGGAGAAUCAGAGCGGUUGGUCAAACAAUUAUUUACUAUGGCUCGCGAAGCGAAACCUGCUAUUAUUUUUAUUGACGAAGUUGACUCACUCUGUGGCACUCGUGGCGAAGGCGAGUCCGAAGCAUCACGACGCAUCAAGACAGAAUUUCUAGUGCAAAUGAACGGCGUUGGAAACGACGAUACUGGCGUGUUUGAAAAGCGCAUCUAUAUCCCAUUACCUAGCCCUGAAGCUCGGAAGCGAAUGUUCGAACUUAACGUCGGAUCGACCCCCUGCGAGCUGACAAACCAAGACUACCGUGCACUUGCGGACAAGACCCCCGGAUAUUCCGGAUCCGAUAUUGCGGUCGUAGUUCGUGAUGCUCUGAUGCAACCUGUGCGAAAGGUCCUGUCGGCCACCCAUUUCAAGCCCGUAACAGCCAAGGACAAGGAGACCGGGAAGGAGGUCAAGAAAUUAACGCCAUGCUCACCGGGCGAUCCAGAAGCUGUCGAAAAGUCCUGGACUGAUGUGGGGACUGACGAAUUACAGGAGCCUGCCUUGACAUUGAAUGAUUUUGUGCGAGCCGUGCAAACGGUCCGUCCCACGGUCACUGAAGCCGAUAUCAAGAAACACGAGGAGUGGACUCAGGACGCAGGCGUUGAGGGUGCAUAG